UCCGGUUUUCUCCAAAGUCUGACAUUUGCAAACGUCCGAAUUCCCCAAGUCUAGUUUGUGUACAGAUAGACUACUAGGUACGGAUUGUAUCUAGGCAGACGGCUUAUCCACGUCCAGAUGGGGUCUGGUCGUUUCCACAGUGAUUAAUGUAUCUACACGUGGAUAUGCCUGAACCCUACUUUCAAAAAAAGUUGUGACAUGCAAAGCUCUGCUGGCAGUGCGCCGGAAUCACUGGCUCGGCUUCCCAUGGGAGAUAGGUUCUGCCUAAGCCACGGUUAAAACACUAAGGUUAUUUUCGCGAGUAUAAGAGCAAGUCAUCUUCCUAUCAUCCACUUCACCCCAAAGAGAUUUUUCGAGCACCUCAGCAUAUCAUACCACCUCGCACAAACAAUGCGUUUCUCCUUCCUCGCAGUUAUUGUUGCGCUGGCAACAUAUGACAGUGACUGCUGCAAUACAGAGGAUAAAUGCGUUGGUAUUGUAAGUAGAGGCAGUGUGCUUUACAUCAAAUUUUCACUUGAUCACUUACCCUUUGAACCUCGUAAUAUCAGCCGACUGGUGCUUACAUGUGCUAUCAUAAUGGUGAUCAACCCCAAAGAGAAGACCGUUAAAAUUGCACGUCGCAACACACUGGUGGGCCGUGUUUUCGCUUCCCUAUCGGCGCGGUUGUUGAUGGAAUAAUAUGAAGUUCGCUAAUUGAAAAAUAGACGGAGACAAUGCCGCAAAGUGAAUGAAAUAUUUGCGCACUUGCUGGUUUGGGCGCAAAUAGAACCUAGGCUUGUAAUCUGAAAUGGCUUGACCACAUGUC